CGUAGCUCGCACCAGAAGAAUCUUGGGGAAAGGAAAGCGAGGAUGGCAUCGAAGGAGACGGCAGAGGAAGAGGAUUACAGCGAGGAGGAAAGUGCCAAAGUGGAGCUGAAGCAGGAUAGUAACGACUCCUGUGAGUCCGCGGCAAAAGCAGAGAAAGGAGAUGAGAAACCUGACUCCAAAGGGGCUGUAACUGGUGAGAGGCAGAGCGGGGACGGGCAGGAGAGCACUGAACCCGUUGAGAAUAAAGUUGGGAAGAAAGUUCCCAAGCACCUGGACGACGACGAGGAUCGGAAGCUGCCACAUUUCCUUGGCUUUGCAUCAGCUUGGUCCUCCCUGUGUAACUGUUCCAGGCCGAAGGGUCGUCAGCGGAAGCUGUGGAAGGACGAGGGCCGCUGGGAGCACGACAAAUUCCGGGAGGACGAGCAGGCCCCCAAGACCAGGCAGGAGCUGAUCGCGCUCUAUGGCUACGACAUCAGGUCAGCUCACAACCCCGAUGACAUCAAGCCGAGGAGGAUGCGCAAACCAAGGUUUGGGAGUCCUCCUCAGCGAGACCCAAACUGGUCCAACGAGAGGCCGAGUAAGCCCCCAAGGCACCAAGGUGCAGACAGCACUUCGGCUCCCCCGCGAACCUUCACCAGCAGGAGCUCCGCAGGUACGGGGAGGAUGCCCCCGCCGAGGAACUACCCGAGGAUGGGGGGCUACAAGGAGACCCGUCCAAGCUACCGAGCUUCGGAAGCAGGCGUCCAGCAUCUGUCUCGAAACAGCGAGCAAGAGAAACAGGAGAGCAACCAUCGAGCGAAGCGUGCGGAGCAGACGCCACCGAGAGACAACUCGCCCGAGAUGGAAGCGGCGCACGGCCACGGCAGCCCGGUGAAGGAGGAGGUUGCUCUGGAGAACCAAGCCACGGCCGCUGAUGCUGCGCAGCCACCGCCAGACAGACCAAUUGAAAAGAAGUCUUAUUCCCGGGCCAGAAGGACCAGAAUCAAAGCUGGGGAUGCGGGGAAGCUGGCAGACGAAGUGCCCGCUUCGGAAGGGCUGCCUCCUGUGCCUCCAAAACCUGUGCAAGCCGAGACGUCCCCCCCGCCAGCCAAGAGCAGCAACUGGGAGUCGCCAGUACAGCGCCUUCCCCAGGCUGCCGGCGCUCACCGGGCCGGCGACCGGCGGCUCUGGCGGUGCCGCGGGUGGGGCGGCUCUUUACUGGGAACAAACGCAAACCACAAUAACCAGUUUGUGUCGUCCUCAGGUAUUCCUAACCAUAUGCACGUGGGAACUGGGCCGCCGCCGCAGUUCAACAGGAUGGAGGAAAUGGCGGUGCAGGGGGGCCGCGUGAAACGCUACUCGUCGCAGCGGCAGAGACCGCCGGGGUUUGGGAGUCCUCCUCAGCGAGACCCAAACUGGUCCAACGAGAGGCCGAGUAAGCCCCCAAGGCACCAAGGUGCAGACAGCACUUCGGCUCCCCCGCGAACCUUCACCAGCAGGAGCUCCGCAGGUACGGGGAGGAUGCCCCCGCCGAGGAACUACCCGAGGAUGGGGGGCUACAAGGAGACCCGUCCAAGCUACCGAGCUUCGGAAGCAGGCGUCCAGCAUCUGUCUCGAAACAGCGAGCAAGAGAAACAGGAGAGCAACCAUCGAGCGAAGCGUGCGGAGCAGACGCCACCGAGAGACAACUCGCCCGAGAUGGAAGCGGCGCACGGCCACGGCAGCCCGGUGAAGGAGGAGGUUGCUCUGGAGAACCAAGCCACGGCCGCUGAUGCUGCGCAGCCACCGCCAGACAGACCAAUUGAAAAGAAGUCUUAUUCCCGGGCCAGAAGGACCAGAAUCAAAGCUGGGGAUGCGGGGAAGCUGGCAGACGAAGGGCCCGCUUCGGAAGUACAAUUCCAGGGACCAAUCUACACGCACAGUGAGAACCCGGCCCCGCUGCCGCCCCAAGGGAUGAUCGUGCAGCCAGAAAUGCACCUCCCUCAUCCAG